AUGGUGUUGCCUUUCCCGAAUGAGAUAUGGUUGGACAUCUUCCAUGGUCUGGCCAAGGAAGGCGAGUACGACACGCUGGAAAGAUGCCGAGUGGUGUGCAGAGGAUUCCACUGGAUGGCGGAGGAGUGCUUAUUGCGAAGCAUGGUGUUCAAGAGUACAGACGAGGUGGAGCGCAUCAAAGUGGAGGCUUCGGGCGGUGAGAUGCGGCGCUGGCGUGGGCCAACGUAUGUGCACAUCGAGGGCGGGAAUGGGAUUAACAAACACCAACCGAUCCCACAUCUGGCGACGUUUGCAUCGAGGCUUGGCGGGAGAUGGAUCCGCGUCAAGGAGCUGCGGAUCUCCUUCGCGGUGUGGCGGGCGCGUAAUCUCGAUGCUGACGCUGUCUUCCGCGACCUAGCUCGUUUCCCCUCGGUCACCGACCUCGGCCUCAGUAACGUCAUUCUCCCUGCGAUUCUGACGCUUGGCCGGUUGGUGUGCGCACUCCCAUGCCUCCAGAAGCUCGGUCUCUUCAAUGUGGAAUUCAUUCAGCAACCUUUCGAGGCCUCCACCGUUUCUCAAUUCCGUCUUCUGCCGCGCACGCAGCUCGAGACGCUGUCGUUGGGCAUGGCGUACGACGGGUCCGUGCCAACUCCCGACUUCGUUGAACUGGCCAACUUUAUAGCUGCCGUCAGUAACCGCAUACGCUUGGCUCCCAUUUGUGAUCUGGCGCAAGCGUAUCUAUGGAGCGCCGUCCGAACACUGCAUCUCUCGAGUAUCGUCUUUCCCUCAGUCGCGACAUUUGCUCGUCUCCUGUGCGCCCUUCCCUCUCUCGAAGGCCUCUAUUUCGAGUGGUCAUGCAUGUUUGUGAAGCACGGCUUUGACCUUCGAAGCACUCCUGUGCACCCAGGUUUACCGCCACGACUGGCGACUCUCUACCUGGAUUUCAGUACGGGCGUCGACCUUCACUCAAUAGCUGAUCUUGUCGACGUCUUCAUCACUACUGGCGUUAGUCACAAACUUCAAGACAUAAAAAUUUGUCCGUCUCCAUCCCUCCAGUUGAUGUCAGAGUCCGAUGUCUGCCUCAAUAGGCUCGUGAGACAUUCUGGGCAAUCAUUGCAUCGCCUCAAUCUCGGCGCACCUGCAACCUGGCGUAUACCUGACAACAAAUACGUGUGGCUUGCCGCAGACCAGAGUGCAGACUGGGCAACACUAAUGGCUGGGCUCCUACAAAUCGAUACUGUCCUUUCAUGGCCGGUCUUCAAGAAUCUGGUCCAUGUCUCCAUUCAUGUCAUCAUCUUUGAUACUUCGGACGUCGGAGAUGAAGAACGGGUGGACGAGCUAAGAGCGUGCUUACCGAAGCUUGAUGGACGCGGUAUUCUAGGCAUGGAGCUGAACGACACUCGGGUCGGAGUGCACUGGGACGAUAAGACCGGUUGCUGGAAACGUUACGGGAUAGAGAGGGGCGCCGCACAGGGCACUGUGAUAACCGAAGAAGUGAGCAUGGCUGAUGGCGGCACCUGUGCAUCCCCUUGCGGCGACUCAGAGGCAGUGCCUGCGGCGUUGGGGAUCGUCUCAGUACCAGCAGCAGCGCGUGCUAAUGCCCAACCACUUUCCUCGUCGUAUCCCAUAGACUCGCGAGUAGUUGCCGAAGAGUGCAAUGAUGGAAUCGCACCGCAGAAUGCGGUGGCUGCUUUGGAGACAUGUUCAGGGAUCCUGCAGCAGAUGAGCUCGGUAUGUCUGCCAGCGUAUGCUCGUUAA